AUGGACUCCUCUUGGAAGCAGCAGGAUCCCUUGACCGUCGAGGUUGAGGGCCAGUCCUCGCGCAAGGAGUAUGACGAUGUGAAUCUGGCCCGGCUCGGGAAACGCCCGGUUCUAAAGCGGAACUUCGGCCUCAUGUCCAUGCUGGGAUUCAGCUGUACGAUUCUCAUCACCUGGGAGGGUAUUGUUGUACUUUUUCUCCAGGCAUAUCAGAAUGGUGGGCCAGCGGGCGCAGUCUAUGGCUUCUUGUUCGUCUGGUCCGGUGUAACGGCGAGCUUCGUCGUCCUCUCCGAACUGGUCUCGAUGGCGCCAACGUCGGGCGGCCAGUAUCACUGGUGCUCCAUGAUGGCCCCGCCCGGCGCCAUGAAACUCUGCAGUUACCUGACAGGUUGGCUCACCGUCAUCGGAUGGCAAGCUACUUACGCGACUUCAUGCUACCUGUGCGGUACGCUGAUCCAGGGCUUGAUCGUGCUCACCAACCCGAGCUACGUACCCCAAGCCUGGCAUGGGACGCUGCUCUUCUGGGCCGUAAAUGCGUUUUCAAUUGGCAUCAAUAGCGGCGGAGGUAAACUGCUCCCGCGGUUCGAGGGCCUGAUCCUGAUCCUCCACGUCCUGGGGUUCUUCGCCAUAUUGAUCCCCGUGACGUACAUGGCCGACCACGGCACGGCCACGGAAGUGUUCACCCAGUUCUUGAACCUGGGCGAGUGGCCCUCGCAGGGUCUGUCAUUCUUUGUCGGUAUCAUGGGAUGCGUGUUUGCAUUCGUCGGUGGUGAUGCUGCCGUCCAUAUGUCGGAGGAGAUCUCAAACGCCUCCGUCGCGGUGCCCCGAUCCAUCAUGCUGAGCGUCCUUAUCAACGGAUCGCUGGGAUUUGCCAUGCUGAUCGCCGUGCUGUUCUGCGUCGGCGAUAUUGACGCCGCCCUCGAGUCGCCCACGGGCUACCCUUUCAUGCACAUCUUUCUGCAGGCGACAGGCUCCAUCCCAGGGACCGCGGUGAUGUGCUCCAUCAUUACGGUCAUGGGAAUCUGUACCUCUGUGGGCAUGCUGGCAUCGGCCUCCCGCCAGUUUUGGUCGUUCUCCCGCGAUCGGGGCAUCCCGGGCUGGCGAUUAUGGAGCAAGGUCACCCCCAAAUCCGCCAUUCCCAUCUACUCGGUCAUCCUGACCACUACGGUGGCCUGCCUCCUGGCCCUGAUCAACAUCGGCUCGUCGGUGGCCUUCAACGACCUGGUAUCCAUGUCGAUCUCCGGACUGUAUCUGUCUUACAUGGUUGUGACUGUCUUGCUGCUGUACCGCCGCUGCACCGGCGGUAUCGUCAGUGCCCGUGGCAGCCACGCGGCCGUGAUCAACACCGCGGGCGCCCAGCUCGUCUGGGGACCGUUCCACCUGCGCGGUGUGCCUGGCAUCCUGGUCAACGUGUACGCCAUGGUGUUCAUGACCAUCGCGGUGUUCUUUAGCUUCUGGCCGCCGCAGAAGAACGUGACGGUCGACACGAUGAAUUUCAGUGUUGUGGGGACAGUAGGAGUGAUCGUGUUGAGCUUGUUGUAUUAUUAUCUCCGGGCACGGCGGACCUACGCCGGCCCGUUGGUGGAGAUCUAG